UCUUCUUUGGUGACCGAAUGCAAGAGUUCUCGCCAGCAUACUAUCUCCCCUCUCGACAUAUUAUAUUCGACUCAUCGUUCUCGAUGUACAACUCACGGCUCACAACGUAAGCGCGAGAGAAAGAGGUGCGGUGUUUUGUUGCGUGAUUGCGAGAGUUGUUGUUUGCGAGUUGUCCGAUGUCCGAGCGUGUGUGUGUUGUUAUGCUGUACGACCAUUAAAUAAUUCUUUUAAACAAUAGUUUUAAUAUCAGUAAUAUUUAUACUAAAGUAACUAAAAAAUUAAAAUCCUUACAUAAUAAUAAAAGUGUUCGUCGGUCCUAAAAAUAAUAAGGUCACCUAAGCGAGCUGAAAAGAGAGCCAGCCAGCGAGAACGUAAUAAAGAAAAAAGUGUGGACGAGAAAGUAUACACGAGAGUGAGCGAGAAAGAACAAGAGAGAGAAAGAAAAGACACAUAUUGCCAGGCAUUAACGAGUAGAGAGCAACCAAGUUUAUAUAUUAUAAUAUAUAUAAAUAUAUCAUAUAUAUUAAUUGAAGGAAAAGAUAUAAAUAUUAAGAGCAAGAGAGCGAUAGAAAUUUCUAAAAAAACUAGAGUAAUAAAUAAAAAAAGUUGAGACGCUUGGUGAACUCCGAUUGCUGAGAUUACUGACUGAACUACUGCUACUCUACUUCUGUUUGCUCUAUCCUCCAUUCUAUAUAAUACGUAUAACUAGCCAACAACUCGUGGAACAAACAAAAUGUCAUCGUAUAUCCAGGUUGCUGAGGACGAGGGUGAAGAACCGAUAGAACUCCCAACGGAGGAUGAUUCAACAUUAUUGUUAACGACUCUCUCAGCGCAAUUUCCCGGUACGUGCGGUCUCAAAUACCGCAAUCCAGAAUCACGUACAAUGCGGGGCGUGCGUCUCGUUGAUGGUCGUCUUCAUGCGCCGGAAAAUGGCUGGGGCAAAGCUGUCUAUUUUUGCGUGUUUCCAAAAGAAAACAAACGUAAAUCAGAUGACAAUUUGGAAAAUUCAACUGCCAAGACCAAGAGAAUGGAAACAAAAUUACGAUGCACUGACCUUAUUGUACUUGGAUUACCGUGGAAAACAACUGAGCAAAAUUUACGGGAAUACUUUGAGACAUUUGGCGAGGUUUUGAUGGCCCAGGUGAAAAAAGAUCCUAAGUCAGGUCAGAGCAAAGGAUUUGGAUUUAUAAGAUUUGGAAGUUAUGAAUCACAAUUACGGUGUCUUGCUCAACGGCACAUGAUUGAUGGUAGAUGGUGUGACGUCAAGGUUCCUAAUAGCAAGGAGGGAAUGAUUCAACAAGUACCGUGCAAGGUAUUCGUGGGACGCUGUACUGAAGAUUUAACAGCCGACGAUCUACGUGACUACUUUUCAAAGUUUGGUGAAGUUACGGAUGUGUUCAUUCCAAAGCCAUUUCGUGCAUUCUCGUUCGUAACCUUCCUAGAUCCCGAGGUAGCCCAGUCACUGUGUGGUGAAGACCACAUAAUAAAGGGCGUAUCGGUACACGUGUCCAAUGCAGCGCCUAAAUCCGAGGGUAACAAUCGUAACUUUAACAAUCAGAUGAACUCAAAUAUGCGUGGACGAGGUAUGGGUGGUCCAAUAGACAACAACAUGCAGGGAAACUACCAAGGAAAUCGUUACAUGGGUCACUCUGGGAACAAUAUGGGCCCAAACGGAUGGAAUAAUCCCGGUAAUAGAGGUAAUUUGGAUAUGCCUAAUCUACAAGCUUUGGGAAUCACUGGACAGAAUAAUGGAGGUGGCGGUGGAGGUGGUAUGUCGAACCCCUUGGCAAUGGGUGGCAUAAACCUCUCAGCACUGCCUGUCAAUCCGGCUCUCGUUGCAGCAGCGAUUAAUCAAGCUUCAUGGGGACUCAUUGGUAAUCUCCAGAGCCAGGGUAACGAUCAAGGAUACUCCAACCAACCUGGACCACCUGGACAACCACCAUCUGGCAACAAUAGUAUCGGAAAUAGUGGUAACUCGGGAUUUCUCAGCUGGAUGAAUCAGGGCGGCGGCGGUGAUGCCAACACUGGUAAUCCGGGUUCUGGUGGACCUGGUGGUCCCAAUAAUCCAAACGCUUCGCAGGGUACAUGGCAAAAUCAUCCAGGUCAGCGUGAUGGUAAAACGAAUACAUUUCUUAAGUACGAGUAAAUUCGGUCGGGACUCUGAGUCUACUCGUAAAAGACGGGCGCGUUCCCUCAGUCCCGAAACAUUGGCAUCGAAAAAUUGCAAAGGUACAAAAAAACCUAAAUAAUAACAGACUAAUUUAAACUUUCUUUAAAUUUUCACUUUUAUUUUUCAAAUUUGAUAAUUCAUUUUUUUUUCCUUUUUAGUUAAUCUUAUAAUUAUUUUGUCAUUUUUAAUUAAAAUAUUUGAAAAACAUUUUUUUUGGUUCACAUAUCUAUCUUUAAUAAGCUUAUUAAAUUGAUUGUUAGCACUUUUGUCUCACAAAAUAAUUGUUUCCACAUUUUGUAUCUAGCCUACAAUGAUUCGAUUAACUGAUAAUGUCAACAUACCUUUGCUGUAAUUCAUUAUAAUAAUUAAUCAUAAUAUGAAAAAUAUAAAAUAUAAUAAUAUAAAUCACGGGACAUUAAUAUUUAACAAGUUUUUGCCGAAUUUAAUUGAUUAUAAAAAUUAAAUCAAUAAGAUCAAAAAUCACAAUUAGUUAUAAUUUAAGUACACAAGACGAAAGACAGACUUAAUGAUAAUGACCAGAUGGUCAUGAUGAUAAUGAUGAUUAUAAUUAUGAUAGUUAAUGCAUAAAAAUUUUUUAACGAAGAUAUUAAGUAGUAUGGUGCAUUGAAACGAUAAAACUUGAGCGAAUAAAAUAUAAACUACAAUUAAUAAUAACAAUUGUUUUAAAAUGAAUGUGAAUGUAAAUCAGCUUUCGAAAGAGUCAACAAUAUUUAAUAAAUAAAAAGAUACUGGAAACAAAAAAGUUAUAAUAAUAUGUAUUAAAGUUUUAAUAAUAAUGUAUUAGAAAACGCGUAAAUGUGCUUGGAUUAACUGAUUGCUUGCAACUCGCAGUGUGUUUUAAUAUUUAAAUACGAGGUAUGCCGAUGUAAUGUGAUGAGAAUCUAAAAAUAUAUGCAAACAAACUUCAUACGUCUUAGAUACCUUUCUAUUAUGAAAUGCGUGUAGGAAAAUUAUUGAUUUAAAGAUUAAUUAACGAGACUAAAAAAAAAACUAUUAAUAUUACAGUAAUAAGCUAAAUAAAAAUUUUUAUUAUAUUACAUUAUAACUAAAAUAAUAAGGAUUACUAUUAUUACUAUCAGAGGGUGAUUUAAUGAUUUAUAUAUUAUAUAUUAGUGGUAUUUAGAUAGAUAAAGUAGUUUACAUGAUUAUGUCGGUUUUUGAGUGUAUCGUUAUUUAUGUAAGGCUAGCACAACAACUAACAAUGAAUUAAUUGAUUAAUAAUAACAAUCACAAAAAAAUAUAAAGUAAAACAACAAUAAUACUGUCAACUUUUGCGAUCAAUUUAAAGUUUAUUGAUUAUUAAUGCGUUUAGCUGUAGUUAUUUUAUUAAUGAGAGCUUUUAAUAAUCGUCGUAUACAUGCUUGGAAAAUAGGUACCACAAAAUAUAUUUAAUACACAUCUAUAAUAUAAAAUAAAAUAAAAACUACGUUGUGUUUUGUGUGCUCAAGACUUCGGGGUCAUAUUUAAAGAGAAAAAUUUUUUUCACUCCUCUUUGUAAUUUUUCAAUAAUAUCGUUACUGCAAUUGAUUUUUUUUUACAAUUUUUACAAUUUUAAUCACUGAAUAAUAUCAAAGUAAAAACAAUUAUUGAAUUAAUUAAAAACUACUGACUUUGUAAGAGAUAAAUAAUAAUAAUAAUAAUUUGUUCUAUUUCCAUGGCUAGUAAACGAAUAAUAAACGAUUAUUAAAAAAUUAUAUUAUAAUAAUGAUUAAAUAAAUCGUGUUUGUAAUCGUGUAGGUACUUAGUGUGUACACUGUAGGAAUUAAAAAAAAAAAAAAAAAAAAAAAAAAAA